AUGGAGCAGAAGAAGAAGAAGGAGGAGAAGGAGAAGGAGGAGAAGGAGGAGAAGGAGACGAAGAAGGAGGAGAAGGAGAAGGAGGAGAAGGAGGAGAAGAAGGAGAAGAAGGAGAAGAAGAAGAAGAAGAAGGAGGAGAAGGAGAAGAAGAAGGAGAAGAAGGAGAAGAAGAAGAAGAAGGAGGAGAAGGAGAAGAAGAAGAGGAAGAAGAAUAAGGAGGAGAAGGAGAAGAGAGAAGAAGAAGAAGAAGGAGGAGAAGGAGACGAAGAAGAAGAAGGAGGAGAAGAAGAAAGAAGAGAAGAAGGAUAA